CUCUCAUGACUGCACUAAUCAUCUCCAGAUUCUCCACCACACGCUCUCUCUCUCUCUCUUUCUCUCUCCAAUGCAUAACCCACCCGCCACCCGGAGAAUGUAUACUCAUUAAUUACACAGGAACGUAGUAGUAGUAUACAAACAUGAAAAGUGUUUCCCUAAUCCUCUCUCUCUUCUCCCUCUCUCUCCUCUCCCUCACAUCCUCAGCAUCCACCAACACAUCCACCACCGCAACCACAUGCCCAAUGGACCUGGGCUACGUCCAACGGAUCCCCUGGCUCACCUCCGCCUGCAAAACCAACUCCAACAACAUCUCCAACUGCUGCCAAACCCUACUCUCCGUCUUCGGCAUCGGCCUCUCCCAACACCUCAAAGAAACCUCCCUUUUCCAGCUCCCGGAUUUGCCCUCGUCCGUCUCUUGCCUCUCCGAUUUCCAAUCCAAGCUCGAUUCCCUCUCUUUGCCCUCCAAUUUGACCUCCCUCUGCUUCGACCCUCUUCAGUUCGUCAUUACGCCCAACAUCUGUGCUUCCAUCGAGUCCAUCUCCGAUUGGCUCAACCACCUCGGACCCAUCACGCCGCUCAACUCCGCCUGCCGAUCCGACCUCACCGAUUUGACCUCUUGCGACGCCUGCCUCUUCGCCGCCUUCCAGGUCCAGACCGAUCUCAUCCGAAUCGAUGGUAACACAUCUCACUCCAGAGAUUGUUUCUACUUCGCAGUAUUAUAUGCUGCUGGAAUUGUAAAUGAGUAUGGGCCAGAAAGUUCUAGAGCGAUUUCUUGCAUUUUGGGCCUUACGAUUGCUUCCCAGUCUAAGUCAAGCAAGGCACAUUCUGCUCUAAUGUUCGGACUCACUGGAGCCGGUGUUGCCGUUUUGUUCAUGUCUGUUUUGAUAUGUCUGUACUUUUGGUGGAAUAAGAGACGGAGGAAGGAGAGUGAUAGGUUUGACUGGGGAGAUAUUGAGGAAUUGGGGUCAAGACCGCGGAAUCCUCGGCCGAAUACAGGGUCAAUAUGGUUCAAGAUUGAUGAACUUGUGAAGGCAACUGAUAAUUUUUCGCAGAAGAAUUUCAUUGGGCGAGGUGGGUUUGGGAUGGUAUACAAGGGGAAUUUACCAGAUGGGACUGUGGUUGCCGUUAAGAGGGUGAUAGAAUCUGAUUUUCAGGGCAAUGAGGAGUUCUGUAAUGAAGUUGAGAUCAUUAGCAAUUUGAAGCACAGGAAUUUGGUUCCACUUAGAGGGUGUUGUGUGACUGGUGAAGAUGGUGAAAAUCAUGAAGAGAGAGAAAGUCAGAGGUACCUUGUUUAUGACUACAUGUCGAAUGGAAAUGUAGAUGACUAUUUGUUUUGUUGUAAGAAUGAAACUCGAAUUGGGAAGCAACCAUUGACAUGGCCUCAGAGGAAGAGCAUAAUUUUGGAUGUGGCAAAGGGGCUAGCGUAUCUUCACUAUGGGGUGAAACCUGCCAUAUAUCAUAGAGAUAUCAAGGGCACAAAUAUACUUUUGGAUGCGGAUAUGAGGGCUAGGGUUGCAGAUUUUGGGUUGGCAAAGCAAAGUAGAGAAGGGCAGUCUCAUCUCACCACUAGAGUGGCUGGUACACACGGAUACUUAGCCCCAGAAUAUGCGCUUUACGGUCAGUUGACUGAAAAGAGUGAUGUUUAUAGCUUUGGGGUGGUGGUUUUGGAGAUCAUGUGCGGAAGAAAAGCUCUUGAUCUGUCUUCCUUAGGAUCGCCACAUGCAUUUCUAAUUACGGAUUGGGCUUGGUCUUUAGUGAAGGCGGGAAAGAUUGAAGAGGUAUUAGAUGCUUCUUUGUUGGGUGAUGGGGAUUCGGCCAAUUCGAAUCCAAAGGCUAUAAUGGAGAGAUUUGUCCUUGUUGGAAUUUUGUGUGCUCAUGUGAUGGUGGCUUUACGGCCAACCAUUUUGGAUGCAUUGAAAAUGUUGGACGGAGAUAUCGAGGUUCCUGCGGUUCCCGAUAGACCGACGCCACUUGGGCAUCCUUCGUUUCUUGGGAAUGGGAAUACCUUUAGCAUAUCACCGGCAUUGAGUGGGCCGAAAUUGCUUACCGGAGACAUGCAAAGGUAAUUGAGGAAAUUUAUGAUGUUUGUGAUCUCUUCAUAGGCUAAAAGCAUGAAGGGAGAUAGAAAAUCCUGAACCUAGAUUUUUUUAGUUGCUUCAUGCAAUCGAAUAGAUAAGGGGAGUUGGACCGAGUCAUAGAUAUUAGACACACACUUGUAAAAAGGAAGAUGGGUGCAGAAGAAAUGGAAUUUCUGCUAAUUAGAUAGAUGCACAGUGCUCCAAGAACUGGAUGUCAGGCUGCUUGGAGAUGGAGGGAAAUUUAUAUAAACUUGGAAUUUUAUAACUACCCUGUCUUUCGCAAGAUUCUUGUCUUUAUUGUUUUGGUGUGGAACUUCCUCAGGUCAAGAAGCCCAGGGGCAGGCCUAAAGGAAGGGGUGGUGGUCAUAAGUGAUUUGUUUUCUCUCCUGUUUGUUUCCCAAAUGGUGGAAAUUGGUACAUGGAACAUUAGGGUCUGCAUACAUCACCUUUAGUUUAAAAAAAUUACUUAAUUUCCUUAACGAAACGUAUGGAUACCGCCUUAGUUUACCCUGUUUCAGAUUCGAUUAGUCCAUGCAUGGUCUUUCUUUACAGGAACUUGUGAUCCGGUUCCACAAAUAUCUUGGAGGAGUUGAAUUGUAAAGCUCGUGAGAUAUCUUUCUCUGCGUGAACCAGCAUUCUUCAAAAUGAUCUAGAGUUGAUUUGCUGUUGUUUUUGUUAACUAUGGAAGCAGAGAUGAGAGGCCACCUCAGUCUGUAACAGUUAUCUAUAACAACAUUGAUGUAUCGAAGUUCUUCUUCUUCUUCGGCUUGAGAUAUAUAGUUUGCUUUAUUUGAA